AUGGGUAAGGGCAAAAACAAGACUAACGAAGACGAACCGAAUAAACGAAGCAGAGGUGCUAACGGUAAGCCAAGGGGUGGCCAUAAGCGCGGCUUCCAGGAGCAGAGACAGACGGGGGUGCCCACCGCCAAGUUCCCCGCCAAAAUCGCGAUGUGGGACUUCGAUCACUGCGACCCGAAGCGCUGCAGCGGUAAGAAAUUAGAAAGGUUGGGACUCAUCAAGAACUUGCGUGUUGGCCAGAAGUUCCAGGGUGUGGUUGUGUCGCCGAACGGUAAGGGCGUGGUGUGUCCGGACGACCGCGAACUUGUGGAGACAAACGGUGCUGCUGUAGUGGAGUGCUCUUGGGCUAGAUUGGAGGAAAUCCCGUUCAGUAAGAUUGGUGGGAAGCACGAGAGGUUAUUGCCUUAUCUCGUGGCGGCAAACCCUGUGAACUACGGCAGGCCGUGGCGCUUGAAUUGUGUGGAGGCAUUGGCGGCGUGCUUUGCGAUUGUGGGACAUGUUGAGUGGGCUGAGCAGUUAUUGGAAAACUUCUCGUGGGGGUUGACUUUCUUAAAGAUCAACAAAGAGUUGCUUGAGGUGUACCAAAAGUGUACCGACCACGAGUCGGUAAAGAAGGCCGAAGAGGAGUGGUUGACACAGCUCGAGGAGGAGUACAAGGAUCGAAGAGAGCACAGAGGGCUCGAGGAUCUCCUAGAGAUGGGUAAUACCAACCGAGUUGCUAUAUCUGACUGUGAAAGCGAAGAGGAGUCUGAGGAGGAGUCUGAGAAGGAGGUUCCGGGUAUUGUCAUCAACGGUACGUUUGGUAACGAUGAGGAGUCCGAUGAGUACGAAGAACUGGAGGAUGAUUUGCCACCCAUUUCCGAUCUCAUGUUGAAAUAA